AAUAAUGAGUGAGCGCUUGGACUAGAGCCAAUCAGCUGUCAGGGGGGCAUGAUAAAUCGCAAUGCAUUAUUGAUAAUAAUAAUUACGUUGACAUGCGCAUUUCUACUUGAGGGGCUAAUUUCCAACCCGAAGAAUUUGGAAAGAAGGGAGAAAUAUUUCAGGACUAUUUGCUGCUGAUGGUUGCACCAUGUCGAGGCGCAAGCAAGCAAAGCCGCAGCACAUCAAUUCGGAUGAACCCGGCUCGUCAGAAAUAGGAGUCACUUCAUGUGGACAAGCUGAAGAAACAGGACGGGAGAUGAAGAGAUUCAGAAUGGACAAUACCAAGGUCUGCAACAAGUGUUGCGCUGAAUUCUUUGAUGAGACUGAAUUCCAGGAACAUGAGAAAAAUUGCACUAAAAGUCAACAGGUGGUCAUCUUGAGGAAUGGCUAUGGGAACGGGGUUCCGGAGGACUAUUCACAAGGUUCUUCCGAUGGUGCAAAUAGUGACCCUGAUGAUGGCCAGUCAAGCAGUCACUCCCUAUCCAACAACCAUACAGAGUUGGCAGACGAGAUCAAAUCGAUUGCAGAGGAGUCGGGUCAAAAAGACAGAACAGAGAUGUCCCCCAGCUCUGAGAUGACGUUCAGAUCCAGCAAGAUGCAAGAUUCAAAUGUAACUCUAGAGUCAAUGAGUGCCACUAAGGUGGCUGUCACUCAGCAUUCUUCAAAACACGCGCAUCUGUCGUCAUCCAAAGAGGCGCUGCAAACCAUACCAAUGAUCUUGGAACAGUUGGUGUGUCUCCAGCAACAGCAGCUCCAUCAGAUCCAGCUGACGGAGCAGAUUAGAAUUCAGGUGGCCAUGAUGGCACCUCAAGGUCUCCACUCGGCUCUCGGGGCCGCAGUGGACCCACUCAAAGCCCUCGGUGCCCAUCUCUCUCAACAGCUCUCUGCUGCCGCAGCUCUCAUAGGUAAAAGAACAGGCAGUCAGAGCCUCUCCAUGGAGACCAUGAAGCAGAGUCGACUACCUCAAAUCACUGGUAUCCCCACCUCUUUGACUGAAGGACUGGGAAACUUCACCACUAAAGCUGACAUUUCAAAGGGAGUUUCAGACCUGGCCCAUCGCCUACCAGCAAUUUUGCCACAGACUGCCGGGGUCAAUGGUUUCCCCAGCCCCUUUGCUGGCCUUCAGGCUGGUAUUGAGGCCUCUAAAAAAGCAAAGGCCAAGAUGCUGAAUCUUCCUUCCGAGUCAAAGAAUAGCGAGUCACCAUACAGGCACAAGUGCAAGUACUGUGGCAAGACUUUUGGAAAUGAUAGCGCUCUGCAGAUUCACCUGCGUUCUCACACUGGAGAACGGCCUUUCAAAUGUAACAUCUGUGGUAACCGCUUCACCACCAAGGGAAACCUCAAAGUGCAUUUCCAAAGGCACAAGGAGAAAUACCCCAACAUCAAGAUGAACCCCCAUCCUGUUCCAGAGCACCUCGAUAACAUUCCCACCAGCAGUGGCAUUCCCUAUGGCAUGUCCAUGCCCUACGACGAGGCCAACCUCACCGACGUGAAACCAGUGGUCAGCAGUCCAAUGGCUGGGCCCCACCAGUCAGCUAUACCAGGGUUGAAAAAUCCAUUUGAAGGCAUUAUGAGUGAUCAGUUCUCCCUGAGGCCCUCGCCAUCACCAAGUGAGUCUGCAUCGCUUUCCUCAAACAUGUUUGGCCACGACGUGGGCUUCGAGCAGAUCCAAGAUUCUAAAGAUCUGAUCAGAGCACUGCACCACGUCAACGGCGGCGGCCAGUCGGGAGAUCAAAGCUCUGGAACGGCCAAACUCCAGCAGAUGGUUGACGGCCUGGAGAAGAGGACCAAGGAUCCCAACGAAUGUGUCAUUUGCCACCGGGUGCUCAGCUGCCAGAGCUCUCUCAAAAUGCAUUACCGCACGCACACGGGCGAGAGGCCUUACAAGUGCAAGAUCUGCGGCCGUGCGUUCUCCACAAAGGGCAACCUGAAGGCCCAUUACGGGGUGCACCGGGCCAACACGCCUCUCAGGAUGCAGCACUCUUGUCCCAUCUGCCAGAAGAAGUUCACCAACGCCGUGGUCUUGCAGCAGCACAUUCGCAUGCACAUGGGAGGGCAAAUCCCAAACACCCCCGUGCCAGAGAGCCAAAUCGAGGCUGCCGAAGCAAUGGAUUCCGUGUUGGACGACGAAAGGUCCAUGGAUAUCAACGGCUUUGAUGACAGUAUGGAUGAGCCAGAGGAGGAGCUGCAUUCCAAAGAGAUGCCGACCGAAGCGUCUCUACCACCUCCUACCACUGAAGAGCCAGCACACCAGCAGCCCGCUCCUCUUGCAUCUCCCUUUUCAAGCCUGGAGGUUUUAAAGGAUCUCUCCUCCGCUCUUUCACUGAAGCGCCAGAGCAGCACUGCCUCAGAAAGUGAGGGGACGUCCAAGGAGUCUCCCCCUACGUUGCAAGAGCAGGUCUUUCACAACGGCCGUAGUCCUGCCAUCUCGGAGGCUGCCAUGUCCUACCAUUCCUUCUCCCCCUUAACAAGCAUGGCCAAUGGCCACACAAAGUCUCCAGACUCUGAGGACGAUUCCCCACAGUACGCUUCGAGACCAGACUCUGAUGGUGGUGCUCAAGAAGGCAACGAGUCCAGUGGAGCCCUUGACCUCACAGCUCCCAGCAGCUUCGUCCCUAAAGUUAUUAAAGACGAACCUGGCCUGCCCUACACAAAUGGAGAUUAUGCUCACCUGCCUUUCACCAGAAUGCCCCUUAGUCUUGCCGGUCUGGAGAUGAAGAUUCCUCCAGAGAAUCCCCUGGGGGCCCAUGGCUUGUUUAGCUCCCAGCUGCCACAGGGAACUGGCAUGACGUCAUCCAACUCCAGUGUGUCGCGAAGGUCUACCAAACAGCAUCUCUGCAAUGCCUGUGGCAAGAACUUCUCAUCUGCCAGUGCCCUUCAGAUCCAUGAACGCACUCAUACCGGGGAGAAGCCCUUUGCCUGCACUAUCUGUGGGAGAGCUUUCACCACCAAGGGAAACCUAAAGGUACAUGUUGGAACCCACAUGUGGAACAACACUUCGAGGCGUGGCCAGCGUAUGUCAUUGGAUAAUCCAAUGGCUCUGAUGGCCAUGGGCUCCGAAGCGAAGAUGCAAGAGAUGAUGCAAGCGCCCAAAGAGUUGGGUCCUCCAGCCAUGAACUUUGACCCAUCACUAUGGAACCAGUACGCCGCUGUCUUCAGUAGCGGCCUGGCCAUGAAGACCAAUGAGAUCUCAGUCAUCCAGGGGGGUGGGAUCCCAUAUCCUGGUAGCCUUGCUGGUGGGCCUAUGGCUGGCUCUACCGGUGGCCUAAUGAAGAUGGACGGGUCCCACUCUGGCCUGCCUGCUUCCAUGGCUGAAAUGGAAAAGAACGGCUCUGGUGGUGUGUCAAAAUCACAAUUUUCCCAUUUUAUGGAAGAGGGUAAAAUCGCUGUCAAUUAGUCAUGAAGGUUAGAGCCAGUUACGCCUGGAAACUACCUGUACAAUCAAUACUGAGUAAAUCUUUCAAGGUGGAGAGUCUGUUCAGUCAUGCAAAUCAUAAGUGUUAUUUGUAGUUGACCUAUAACUACUGUAGUUGUAUUUACUUUUUUAACAUGCGGGUAUUUUUUGUGUGUCCAGAUGUUGAAUGUAUAACUACUUGAAACUGCUACACAUUGUCUUUCUGACGUGCUUUUGAAGGAUUUUCUCUAGGAUUGGGAAACGUUUCAGGGUGUGACUGAAUAUGGAUACUGUGUUGUAGUGUUUAUGGGAAUAAUAGUGUGCUUAACCAUAUUUCUUUGUACAUGACUACUCACUUUCCCCUUGUGUGCUAUAGAUUUUAUCAAAUUGUACAGUUUUUUUGUUUUUUUUGCUUUUCGAAAAAGAGUCAGAAGUUAGAGUCUGAAUGAUUCCAGCAUUUUUUAUUUUAACCAGAUGCCCUUUGUCAUCCAAUUGACACAGAUUACAAACUGGUUUUCACAUGGUUACUGAUGCUGAAAUGUUGGUUGAAAUGUAUAAUCUUUGUGCCUAAUUCAAAUUUAUCUUGAAUGCAUUUCAAUUACAAUAAAGGCCCGUUAGACUUAUACUUAAGCAUGUCUUACAGUAUAACAUUGCAUUUGUUUUUUCUUUUUUUUUACCCUUUUAUUACAACCGUUUACUAACUCUGAUUAAAAUGUUUUUGCUACUCCAUUCUAGUCCUCUUGUAGAACUGUAGUCUGUUUCAGUUGGCUGAGCUACAGAAUGUUCAAUGCUGUCAUGCCUGCACUUUAUUUAUAUUUUCAAAUGUUGGAUUUACAUUCUAUCAUUGCAUUUCAAGUCCCAUGUUUUUUUUUUUGUUCUUAUACAUGCAUUUCAUGUUCUACUCGGGGAUAGUAACUCACUUUGUUUAACUUUAACUUGUGAAUUUCUUUUUUUUUUAGACUUUGUUUUGCUUAAUCUGCAAUUGUUCAGUUCUGUAAACUCAUUAUUUAUAUUACACAAAAAUGUGAUAGGGGGUCUAUUCUACCUCAUUUAGCUUAUGAUAGGUUUUCAUUCUUGCCCCCCUUAUAUCAAUGCAGAGUUUUCAUUAGCUGAUACAUUCGUGACGCAAAAUCUAUUUCAUCCUCAAACUGCUGAGGUCAACAGUAAUGAAUGUAUCACUGGACACUUUACACAAAUCAGAAUGGUCAGUAAAAGUUUACGGCUCCUCCUGCUGUACAUUCCCCAUUAAUAUGCAUAUGCCACGGUGUGCCUUUCCUAAAAAAAGAAAUAAUUAAAAAAAAAGCUUCUGAAACAGUUAAGUAAUGUCUAGCCGUUUUACAUGUUUACAAUGUAUUGUUUCUCACUAAGUGUUACUUCCAGGCCUUUAAAAAAUAAAAUCAAUGUGACUUAC